CCAUCAAACAUGCAAAAAUUUUUAAAGACAGCCAUCUAUUUAUAUAUCUCCCUGCAUGGAUUUACUAGUACGACCGUUAUUAUGAGAGAACCACUCCGAUUGGUACUUAAAACUGGAGAAUGCCUGGUUUUCUUGUUAAUCAUACAUGUAUUACCAGUGGAGCAUGUACAUUCAUAUGAAACUUUUCAGCUUGGGGAAUCAUGUGAUAACAACACAAGAUUGGUUGGCAGUUACAGAGCAAUAAAUUACUCGCACUAUGCGUACACCCUCGAAGGUCAGACACAUGUUUGUGAUAUGUGCAUCCCAGGUUACAGAGUCAAGAACCAUUGCACAAAUUCUUCUCGUCACCAUGGUCCAGAUUGUAGGGUUUGCCCAGAAGGAACCUACAGUAACUGGACAUGGGAGUGCCGGUGUAAAAAUUGCACAGAUAGGCCUUCAGAACAGCACAUCCUUUAUUCAAAGUGCACUUCAACACAGGAUGCAGUAUGGAUAACUGUGAUUGAGACCUGGGGACCUUGGAGCCAAUGGAGCUUGUGUAGCGUAAGUUGUAGCAGUGGUGUAAAGACAAGACAAAGGAACUGCACCCAGCUGAGACAUACAGGAAGUAGGAAUAACUGCCAAGGAAUUUCCACUGAUAUGUUGCCUUGUUAUCGCCAUGAAUGUUCAGCACCUAACUUUGGACCCUAUUUUGAUAAAUUUCCAUUGGCAUUGGUAAUUGGCAUACCCUGCUUAUCCACACUCAUCUUGUGCAUCAGAAGAGUUAUAUGCAGCAUAAAAAAUUCAAAACAAAGUCAUACUAAAAAGAAAAUAGCUUUCAACUGUAUCAACUGUUGCAAUAAAAAUGAUGAGCAACAGUUUACAGAAAGUGCCACAUGUGGACAGGACAUACAGCCAUACUCAAUAUUUUUUUCUGUUCCAACUGAAAAUGUUUCAUUGACCAACCAAUCACAGGAUUUGUGUCAACCUGAUUGUGAUUUGUCUCACAACACUCAUUGCACUAUAAACUUGCAUCCUGAACCUAGAAAAGAAACUUGGACUUGUCAGACAUUGGUUCCACCAGUGAGCAGCUUUCCAGAACAUUCAAUUAAUAAUACAUUUUCUUAUCCACUAUCAUGUGCGGAGUCAUCUGAUGAAGAGACAACAGGUGGAUAUGCAAUGGCAGACUUGGACAUCAGCUGUCCUUUAAAUACAAAAAGCAAAGGUCUAAAACAAUACCCAAGAUACAGCCGAACUGAAAAUGAAGUCUCCAAUUUGUCUUCUGAUGAAGAGACAACAGGUGGAUAUGCAAUGUCAGACUUAGAUGUUAGUCAUCCUUUGAAUACUGGAAGGAAAGGCACCAAACCAUGUCUUAAUACUAGGGAUAGAUAUUACCAAACAAAAAAUGAUGAAGUUUCUACUUUGUCAUCUGAUGAAGAGACAUCAGGGGGAUAUGCAAUGGCAGACUUGGACAUCAGCAAUCCUUUGAAUACAAAAAGCAAAGGUGCUAAACUUUACCUUAAAAGAUACACCCAAAUGGAAAAUAAAGUGUCCAAUUUGUCUUCUGAUGAAGAAACAACAGGUGGGUAUGCAAUGGCAGACUUGGACAUCAGUCCUUUGAAUACAGGAAGCAAAGGUGUUAAACAGUACACCCUUACAAAAAAUGAAAUGUCUUAUUUGUCACCCAAUGAAGAGACAACAGGUGGAUAUGCAACUUCAGACUCUGGCAUCAACAGUCCCUCGAAUAUGGAAAAAGAAUAUGGAGAAUAUAUCCAUACAGGCAGUUACCCUCUUUCAUCAAGGCAAGAUUGUGUUAAACACUGUAUGCAUCCUACUUCGUGUUAUAUCUUAGUACCUGUGCCUGCACCAUCACGUUUAGAUUCUGUGUUGACAGGUCAAAAUAGCAAUGACAUGUUAUUAGACUACACAACCACCCAACCUGACAAAGGCAAAAUUCCCAGAAAUAAAGUUGAAAAUAAGAAAUAUGAACAGUUGCAAAAAACAGAGAGUGAGUCCGCAUUGGAGCCCUACACUCCACUUCUGAUCUCUGAGCAGACACUGCCCAAGGUUUUGUAACACAUAAAUCUUUUAAUUCUUCUUGACAAAAAUUGAAGAUAUCUGCUGUGGUGAAGGACACUGACAGUG